AUGAAGGACCCGGCUCCAGGUGCUGCGCCAUCAUCGUCGCCCCCUCCAACAGCUGCAGAAUCGAGCGUUUCCGAGCUACCUGCGUCUGGGCAGACGCAUCUGUCUGAGACGGCGACUGAAAACUCCAUCCUUCGCCUCCGACCCCCGAGGACCCUUCCCCCUUGGAUUGAUUCCUACGAGGAGAGAUACGGCCCCGUCAGCGAUGAGCAGCUUCGUCUUUUGCAGCCACCAGCGCGUAUCUUGCACCAUCAAACCAAUUCUUCUCCGAAUCCACCUCGACGACGUGUCUCCAAAGAUGGCUUCGUCGCCUGGGAUGACCCGGCCCUGGGGCCAGCCCAGACUGCUCGUUCCAGAAUCCCUCACUUCCUUCGAUAUGGACGCGCUUCUAUGCGCGGCAGAAAAUGGGAUCACUUGCGCUCCAACGAACCCGUCAUUGUUUCCACCCAUAGACCGGCUCCAGCCCAGAGCGCCUCGUCAUGGUCUGACUUUAUACGGUCGUCCUCAUGGGGGCGGAUGCCCAAUGUAGAAUCCCAAAUCGUCGAUUAUCGGAUCCUCGAUCAGAUGCAACCGACAUUCAACAAGGAAACGGAUGUUCAGUUCCACCACACAGACGUGCCUAAAGAUCAUCCAAGUUUGACGGCUCUGCCCGGGCGUUUCUGGAACGGAAUCAUGCGGUAUCCGCUGUCGCCGUUUCUAUUCCGGUUGGGCGUAAUGGUGACUUCGAUCCUGGCACUUGGAAUUGCAGCUCGGAUAUACCAACUGGAACACAACAUCAACCGCAGCAGCGGUGCUGAGCAGUCCCAGGUAGUGGUUGCCAUCGUCGUGGACUGUUUAGCAAUUCCUUACAUUGGCUACAUGAUAUGGGACGAGUACACGGGCAAACCACUUGGUCUGCGGUCAGCCAUGUCGAAGAUCUCACUGAUCCUGCUGGACUUGUUCUUCAUCAUAUUCAAGUCUGCGAGCACGGCCCUGGCGUUUGAGAGUUUUAUAUAUCACAAUGUGCAGCAGAGGCAAAUCAUUCGUUUGUCCCUGGCUCUGGCUGUCUUUCAGCUCAUUGGUCUCAUUUCGUGGUCGAUGACUUUUACCAUCAACGUUUUCCGAACCGUCAAGCGGCUAGGAGGUGGAGGGGACGAUAGUAAUGCGGGUGGUGUUUGA